GUGAAUAAAGUAUAAUUUUCAAAACAAUUAGAAUGAUAAAUCAGCAAUGGAUAGCCGUUCAAUGUUGCUUAAUCAUAUUCCCGGGUGCUUGUCUUACCGAUCGAGAUCCUGGCAAUUGUUCGCUACCAAACAGUUUUUCCGUUAAAUGUUGCCCAGGUUAUUUUCAAAAUGAAAAUAAAUGUAAAGAGUGUGAACCAGGCUACAUUGGUGAGAACUGCUCAAUGACCUGUCCUCCUGGACACUAUGGUCGUCAGUGCAGAGAACAGUGUGACUGCUCCACGGACAUGUAUUGUGAACCAACUAGAGGGUGUGUGUGUAACACAAACAGUGUUAACUGUACAGAUCCAGAGCAUAAAUUAACACAGGAAAUGACAAUAUAUUCAACAUCUAUGCAAUCUGUUAAACCUGCUGCUGACAGUAUAAAAUCUCGUCUGGUCGUCACUUUAUUGAUACCUGUCAUCGCCUGUCUGGUUUUCGCCACAGUCUGUAUCGGAAUAUGGUAUUCUCAAAUGAUGAAGAGAAAUAAAGAUCUAUUUUCCAUCCAAAAUGUGGCCGACUUUACGGUCAGAAACCAUCGUUCAGAAACGGAAGAGCAAAAUCCAAACGACGAUAUUUACAACCAUGUAAACCUAAGAGUGAAGCAAUCCAGCCACUCUAUCUAUAACACAGACGAUACGGUAGAUGCAGGGGACUCGAGUCUCGGAUUGACUAGUGCUGUCCUUUUACAGCAGUACCAAAGUGUAAAAGGAAUUCAGAACAAAUGGCGUCUACACGACGAGCAGUUUGGUGAAAGUAUUGUGGACGAACCUGACGUAGAAACUGUUGGCAACAAGACAACGGAUAGAGAAGCAGAUAUAUAUUCAGCACCAUGCAAAUUCAUGACAAAGAAACCAAUACAUCGCUGUUCAGAACAAAGACAACAAGAAAAAAGCAAUGAAACUUUGACAUUCGAAUACCCAAACUCGAUUAUUGAUACAAUUGUUCACGAUACAGAAUCACGAACAAGACAGUUUGGUGAAAGUACUGUGGACGAACCUGAAGUAGAAACUGUUGACAACAAGACAACAGAUCGACAGACAGAUAUAUAUUCCACACCAUGCAAACGCAUGACAAAGAAACCAAUUUAUCGCUAUUCAGAACAAAGACAACAAGGAAAAAGCAAUGAAACUGUGACAUUCGAAUACCCAAACUCGAUUAUUGAUACAAUUGUUCACGAGCCAGAAUCACGAACAAGACAGUUUGGUGAAAGUAUUGUGGACGAACCUGACGUAAAAACUGUUGACAACAAGACAACAGAACGACAGACAGAUAUUUAUUCCACGCCAUGCAAACGCAUGACAAAGAAAAAGCAAUGAAACUGUGACAUUUGUAUACGCAAACCCGAUUAUUGAUACAAUUGUUCACGAGCCCGAAUCACGAACAAAACUCAGUUCCCCUUAAAAGUGGACACAAUAUGAAGAAAUAUAUACAAACGGUGACGAUUUUGCUUUUACUAACAAUUCUAUAAGACUAAAUAGUCCAAUGGAAAGCGACGAGUCUGAAGAAUACUUUGAUGUCAGUUAUGAAG